AUGUUUGCCCUUUCCGAAGAGUCCAAGGAGCGCAUUGCCAAGCUCAUUGACGUUUCCCGCGUCGCUAUUCACUAUGGCUACCUUCCUUUGAUCCUCUACCUCGGCUACACUCGCAGCGAGCCCCGACCUUCCGUCAUCCGUCUUCUCUCUCCCCUCUCCUAA